AUGGCUUGGAAUUACCCAGAAAUUUCCAAGGAAGAAUUCAUGAAGCUAUUGAAAGGGUUUGUGGAUUUGCUCAUACUUGCUUCUGGGUUUCAAUCUUCUGGUAUUCCUGCUCAUUGGGAUGCUGAAAAUUGCAGGAAAGCUCUUCAAUGGGGUCUCUUCUUCGAAAAUGUUAUGAGAGGGAUAACUAGUUCGGACACGUUUGGGGAAUCUGUGAUUGAGCUUGAGGAAUCUAUAUCCGAGAUGAAAUCUAACCCAUUGUUCCCAAAGGGUUUAGAGAAUCUAUCAUCAAGUACUCUUUUAGAGGGGAGAGAAUUUGUGUUAGAGCAAUUGAUGAAUAACUCAACAUUGAAGGAUAAACAACUCCAAGCUAUUCUGGUUGCAGCAGUGAAAUCUGGUGACGGUAUUACAGAUAUAAUCGACGGGAAGCUAUGCAAGCGGCAAUCUGUUGUGUCAUGUGUAUCAGCUCUUGAGACAGGCCUGAAAAUCCUUUCCAAAAACAUUGAGCCAAACGAGUUGCGCCGGAGACAACAGCCUAUUGAACUUUUAACAUGGAACAUCUGGCAAUCGAAAGGUUUAUCUUAUUUUCUCAGUAAUAGAACUUUGAGAUUGGUAUCGGGUGCUAGCUUGAUAUUUUCUGCACCAAAAGCUCAGUGGGCAGAAGUGCUAAGAAGGUUGCGGGUUCCAGCUGAGAAUGAGGAUGAUAUAUUCAUCGAAAAGAUUGAGCUAUUGUUACUAGGAUGCGUAACAAGCAGAUGGACUCAUUUAAUCGAAGGUAUCAUGUCAGUUUCUUACAAAUCUGUCACUGUAUCAGAACAAUACGAGGAGUUAUGUAAGCUGCUUCUUCAAAGAUCCAAAAUUCUGAAACAGAACGAGAUCGCUUUGAAUUCAAAGGUUGAAGAGAUUCUUGAGUAUCUAACAGAAAUAAUGGAGAGUCGUUUUCAUCACCUCUGGAAAUUGCCUUCUUCCCUUACCGCAGCUGCAAUUCCAUCUUGGUCCCCUCUGUUUGGUAUGUAUUUUGGCGAAAUAGAGAAACAGUUGAAACUAGACCUCUCAACAACAAGAUGUUGUAGCUGCAAUAAAGAUCUAAACGAGCACAAGGACUGCGAGCUCGCGGAAAGAGUUUGGUGCUUGUACGUAUUUCACAUUUACAGAUCCCAACAAACAAACUAA